AUGGCACGUCACAAGGGACACAGCAAGGACAAGGUCUGCAAAGGCAGCAAGAUGUCCAGCAUGUCACCAUCUGAUGAAGGCCCGGAAGGUGAUGGUCUGGCACACUGUGCUGACUAUGUGGACAGUCAGUCAUCUGACAUUGUCAUGAAGAAUGAGGUCUGUAGGAAGGAGGCACCAGUAUAUGAAGAGCGUUGUGACUCCACAGAUUCAAGCGAUGAUUCAGCUAGCGUUGCACCAUCUGCCUGUGUAAAGAAGCGUAAGGCCAAGGCGAUAAAGCUGAAGGAUGAGCGGCUAGAUCUGCAGUGUGUAUAUGUCUGCCUGUGGGAGCAGUGUGGUUUCGAAUCUGCAGACUCCAAUGAGAUAACAAGACACGUCAAUUUCCAUUCAUACCAUACCAAAGUAAAAUGCAUUGGGUCAAACAUUUUGGCUCGUUCAAAACUACCGGUGAGUGAUGAGCAUUCAGCAGAUAUGUGCUUUACACAUUUGUUAAAGUCAUCUUGUGACCUGCAUUUAAUAAAAGCCAUGGAGUGCAAGGUUGGGCGUGAAGUUGCACAACUCCCAGAAUUGGGAGACAGUAGAGUAAUGGUCAUGAGUUCCAUGGGACCUGGAACCAGGAAUGACUGUGUUGAUGAGGAUAGCAGCAGUUUCUCUGAUCGAUCAGAAGAAAGUGAUCUUGUGUUCCAGGUUUGUACACUCCAUUGUGCUGGGAAGAAUGUGAUACCAGAUCUGCCACAUGCUUUUGAAUGCUGCUGGCAGACCUGUGAGCAGACAUUCAACAACUCGCAGAUUUACUUCAACCAUGUUGAGGCGCAUGUCUAUUGCAACCCGCGUGGUAGAGUAGUGGAAGGAGGAAUUCCUUGCCAUUGGAGUGGGUGCAUGUCCAACUCUGUGUAUCCAUCGAUAUGGAAACUGGCAGAACAUGUUAGAACCCAUACGCAGGAGAAACUUGUGGGAUGUCCAACAUGUGGCGGGCUCUUCGCAAGCAGAGCAAGGUUUUCUUACCACUGUAUGCAUCAGGUUCCCUCAGAAUUGCGAGGGUACCAGUUUAGAUCUAAAAAAGCGGUGAAUAACCACCUCAAAUGUCCAUUCUGUGACAAGACUUGCUCCUGUCCAUCAAACCUUAGUGUGCACAUUCGGUAUAGACACUUGGAUAGCAAGCCAUUCAAGUGCAGCUCUUGUGAAUAUAGAGCCAAGACACACCAUGAUCUGAAGGUGCACUGGAAUACACACCGCUCUGACCCACUUUACCACUGUAAGGAGAAGGGGUGUGAUUUCUCGUGUCGCAGCGCCUAUGGGCUUCGCAGGCAUUGUGACAGGGGUCAUGUUGGUGACUCAUGCUUUAUCACCUAUGAUGACAUGGUCCAAAAUGUCAUCUUGCCCCUCGAAAAGGUUUUGUGCCAUGCUGGAUGUGAUCAGCCACAGUACUGCUGCCACAUAUGUGACAGCCUGUUCCAACGUGGAUCUCUGCUGACACGUCACCUCCGUAAGCGACACAGCAUCUGCCGGCCAUCAGGGCAGUGCAGAUUUAGGUACAAGCAGAACGGUGAUGGCUUGUUCCGUCUUCUGACAACAGACACUGAAACUAUGAAAGUGACCCAGAAGGUAAUGGUGUUGGAAGUCCGCCAGCCAUUUUGCAUCAAUGAAGAUGACCCCCUGACACAAGAGGCAGGAGGAGAAAUUUUGUCGUCUUGA